AUGUGGACGAGUGAGAAUCAUGAUAGAACCACUGUGGAAACUUCACGCAGCGCCUCGCCCAAGCAAGUGGUAAAUUUUGUUGAAGACAAUGUAUCGGUCAGCGCGCAGGACUCCUCCAUAGAUGAAAAGCAGGACCUUAAUGAAUCGACUUGCGAUUAUAAGGACGGAGAUGUAGAAAAAACUUACACAUCCUAUAGUAAUCAGAUUCUCGAGUGGAUGAGUGGAGGAGACUUUCUAGACGGAUCCCAGAAUGAGGGUCAUAGUGAUAGCGGCGCCCUUCUGCGUAGGAAACGGAGCUUAAACAAGCAGGCUGACAUCCAACAGCGCCGUCAACUGCAGCUGCAGCGUGUUCAAAAAAAACGCGACACGUCCAAGCGCAACUUUGAUUUGGUCGAAGAGCUCUUUGAGAGGGCCAUGGCCGGUCGGAUGAAGGCAAUGCAGCGGAUCGCGGCGGACCCACCCGCGGAUCGGUUGAUCGGCCACAACACGCUGCAAUACAUCCCUGCUGCAAUGAUUAAGGGUCAGCUCAAGGAGAUGGUAGAUUACAUGCAGAAGGAAUCCUCGCAUGGUAUCCAACCAACUGAACCAGAGAGCCCGCCAGUAGCGGUCGCGUCAUCCUCAGUAAAUCCGCGAGGGACGUGGUCUCGCGAGACGGAUAAUGCUAUUGUUUUCCUCACAGAAACGGACGAGAUUGCGAGAAACGGGAUGCAGCCUAAGCUGCCCGAGGAGCCCUCUUCUUCAAGCAAUGCCAAGGAUGCGGUGGGUGAGGACGGGGCGGGAGUUAAGACCGCGGAACCCUCCUCCCCCGAGGCAGUUCAAUCCCCCUCCUCUUCCUCCGCGCUCGCCCAACCUGCGGAGGAGAUGCUGGCGUACUGGCGUGAGCUUGGCUACGAUACGAUGUACGUCAUCUCCCCCCAAACAUCCAAAUCCACACGACGCCACGCAAUGAGGACUCCAGGCGCCCCACUCGUGGAGUCCUUCAGCGCCAGUUCGCGUGGCGCCGUUCUGAAGACGCCCCUCGCGCCUGUUGGGAUGGCGACGGAUAGGCGAGGUGGCUGCGGGGCUAAGCUCGAUCCGCUGCCGCCCAUAUGCCUCCUGCAGCGCAGCGUGGAGGCCGUCCAGCCUCUUGACAAACGUCUAGGAGGUGUUAAUGUAAACCACAAAUUCAGCAAACGGAAAGACUACUCUUGGGAUAACUGGAAGGCAAACAAGUUUUUCCCGCGGGAAUAG